AUGGCCGGUGACCGCCGCGGCGGCUCGCCCACGGCGGAGCGCCGGCGGGGGAUCCGGCGCCUCCUGCUGCCCCGCGGGGAGGCCUCCUCCUCCUCGUCGUCCUCGGUGCCGUUGCCUCCCCCGGCCGCGGCCGAGGUAGGGCGGAGGAAGGGCUUCGCCGCCGCGGCGCUGCGCGGGCUGGGCUGCACGUCGGCCGCGGCCUCGCAGGCGUACGCGCCAGGGGCGGGCUCCGCGGCUGCGGCGGCCGUGCGGUCCUCGGCCGACUGGCACGGGCGAAGGAAGAAAGGGAAGGACAAGAGGAAGGAGAGGGGAGGGGGAGGGGGAGGUGGAGGCGGCCUUGUGGGCGGAGGGAUCGGCGGCGACGUGUGGUGCGCCCCGGGGAUACCGUUCGCCGCGGAGGCGUCGUCCGUGGACUGCGUGGUGGCGCGCCACCAGAUGCUGGGGAGGGGCCGCGGCGGCGACGCCGAGAGGCCGCACAUCCAUCCACAGCGGCCCUGCCUGUCCCGGAGGGCGAGCAUGCAGGAGCAGAUGUCCUCGUCCUUCAUGGAGUCGCCGCCGCCGCCGCCGCUGCAUCACCUGGACGGCCCCUUCUUCGGCGCCGACCUGCUCCCCUCCGCGCGCCUCCGCCGGAUGCGCGGCUACCGCCCCUCCCCCGGCGGCCUCGAAGAAGAGAUCAUGAUGUUUCAGACAAGAGUGUUGUUGGGAGGAAUGAAUGUGUAUGAUCGGUACCAGGAUUGGCGCCUUGAUGUCGACAACAUGACUUAUGAGGAGUUGCUUGAGCUUGGAGAAAGAAUAGGACAUGUCAACACAGGGCUACGCGAGGAUGAGAUUGUUCGCAACCUUAGGAAGGUCAAGCCUGAUUCGUCAUUCCAGUUUCCGACGGAAGUGGAGAAGAAAUGCAGUAUUUGUCAAGAAGAGUUUGAAGCAAAUGACGAGAUGGGGAGGCUGGGCUGCGGCCACAGCUACCAUGUUUACUGCAUCAAGCAGUGGCUUUCUCAGAAGAACGUUUGCCCGGUUUGCAAGACCGCUGUCACCAAGACUUGA